AGCUGUUCCCAAAUCUGGCCGUCGAGUCUUCAAGCUCCUGAGCCUUUUCCCGGAGGGAAGAGGGACGAAAAGUGUGUUGGCUGGAUGGGUCAUGUCCUUGAUUAUCUUGGCAGCACUGCCCCGACAGCGUGUGGUGUAAAUUCUGGGGGCUGGAGGAUUCCUGAGACUGCUGUUCCAACAGACAAGUGCUCCGGGACAAGUCCAGGCUGGUUAAACGGUCACCAUCCCAGCGUGGGAGAGGGGGAGGUCAACAGGACUGUCUGCUUCAGCUGGGAGCAAAACAACUGCGAUAGAAAUCGGACAAUCAAGAUCAAAAACUGUGGUGAUUUCUUUGUCUACUGGCUGAAGCCGACACUCUGCUGUGACAAAGUUUAUUGUACAGAUCCAGCAUCUGUACCAACUCUGCAUCCCGUGGGGACAACUUCUGAGCUAGGCAAUGAUUCGUACACGAUCACGGACCCAGUGACAUGCCCAGAUCCCCAGAUAUCCACAAGUGAAGAAGCUGCAGAACACACCCAGGAACCAUCAUCUGUCCCAGUGGGAGAUACGUCCACAGUUGAAAGACACAGUGAGUCAUCAACUAAAGGACCCAUUCAGGAAACAUCCUCUGCCCAAGAGAAAGAAAUGUGCCCAGUCAAGGGGCUCCCAACAAAGGAGAAGUGUGAGAAGAUGAUUAACACGGCCCUGGUGUUAUAUGUUCGACAAAGCAACCUGGAAAACUCUGAGGAGUAUUUCCAACAGAUACGUGAGAUGCUGAUAGAGCAGACACCCUGUAAAUACGUCUUGUCCAAGUACAGAAGAUAAACAGAACAGAGAAUGCAGGAAGAGGAAAAAGAUUUGAUACAGAAGAAACUGGAUUAUGGUCAUUUAAUGCAUCACUGUAUUCAAUGUAUUGGUGGAGUGGCAAUGGUGGUGGGAAUCUGAGACAGUAGGGAGGAUCUAAGCAAAUAAUGCAUAAUUAUCUGUAUAAUGUUUCUUCUGCAUUUCCUACAUGCUAUUGAUAAAAAAAGAUACUCUUUCCAUUUUCAAAAUUUGAAGUACAUUUUAUUAUUAAAGCAAGUAUAUUAUCACCAUAAACGAUCCUGAGAUUCACUUUCUUGAACAUCCAUAGACGACCAAUCAUAACAGAAUCAAUGAAAGACUGCCCGACUAAGGCGUUGAACCAGAGUGCAGAAGACAACAAACUGAAGAGAUGUUAAUAAAUAAGUGACAAAUAUCGAAAACAUGAGAUGAAGAGUUCUUGAAAGUGAGUCCAUUGGUUCUGGAAACCGCAGUGAGAAGAUGGGAUGUGCUGGGUGCUGGGGGUUCCUGAUGACAUAUGUUGCUCUUUCACCAUAGCAUUUCAGGUAGGUGUGCAGAACAGUUGGGAGGCUGUUGCCCCUUGAUGGAUUAGGCUGCAACCAUUGCUUUCGGUAGGAUUUUCUGUUCAACAACUUUGGU